CGAGCGGCUGGGGCACAUCCGCGGUUGCAACACGCGGGCCGUGGAGUAUCUUGAGACUGGUGGGCCCAUGUUAGUGCUGGCGCUCCAGUUCUGGCUCGAGCUGCCCGCCAGCCGCCACGGGCGUCCCUCCAGCUGCUGUUGCUGCUGUUCCCCUCCGCUUCUCGUCCUUCCUUCCUCCCCCCUCCUCGCCUCCCCCGCAAAACGCCCGGCCGAUGGGCCCGCGUCGCGCGCGCCCUCGCGCGGUGGCGCCUGCUGGCGCGAGGCGGAAGCCGGCGGCGAGCAGAGGACGCGCGCUCGUGCCUGGUGGGGAGCUGCUUGUUGGGCGGAACGCUCUCUUUUUCGGGCGCCGCCGCCGCCCGAAGCAGCUGGUGGUGCUACUGCACGGCCUCAACGACUCCGCCGCAUGCUGCGCCAAGGGUGUCGUGUGCCGGUGGGCGAAAGGGCUGCCGGGGGCGCUGCUCGCCGUGCCCCAGUCGCCGCACCGGACGGACUGGAGCACCGACGGGGACCCAGGGUACACCUGGACCCCCACGCGCGGGCUCUUCCUCUUCGAGGCUCAGGCCCGCUUCGGCGCCGAUUCGCACGAGUUCCGGGCCAGCGUCCAGGAGUUCCACCGCUCCGUGCGCAGUAGCUGUCGCGAGCUGAACCGAUGGCUCGACGCAGUGCUCGACAAGCACGGACUGUCCAACGACGACCUGGUGCUGGCUGGUUUCUCGCAGGGAUCGAUCUUGGCCGCGAUUGUUGGCGCAAGGCGGGGGGCCCGCGGGGUGAUCGUCUGCGGGGGCGUUCCGUUCGCGGGCUUCUUCGAGCUCGGGGGUUUGAUGCCCAAGAAGUCGCGCUCGCGCUUCUGCGUGGUCAAUGGGACCAGAGACGAGGUUGUCGAGCGCAGACCUUUAGAAGAGAUGCUGGCCCCAUACGAUUGUGAGUGGCAUUGGAGCAAGGGGGUCGGCCAUGAUUUCCCCUCGAAAUGGUACGCGCUCGAGCUGACCUGGAUGAAGCGACUCUUUGGCACGGCUGACUGAUUAUCGCCAUGAACAGUGUGCGGCCGGCUCCUCCUCCAUCUCCUCCUCCUCCUCCUCCU